UUGUUGUUGCCGCGACCGGGUCUGUUUUCUCGGCCGUUGUGGAAGGUGUUUUCCUGCUGCACCGGCUCUCUGCCCUGCACCUCCUUCCCAGUGGUUUCACCCUUCCUCUUUCCCCAAGUGCUUUAUGCACGGCGAACUGCGCGAAGAUUUGCAUCUCCCCCCCCCACACCCCAAACCUCAAACACACCCGGGGCACCCUGCCCCCACCUCUGAGAAACAAAACCCCAAACCUCACAGAACCUCCGAGGGUCCGCGGACUUGGACGGGAUGUCUCCGGGCCAUUGCGGUCCUUGGGGCUCAUUAAACUGUCACUCACCCCCACCAUCACCCCACUGGGUAAACGGGGUGAUUAAUGUCGGAUAUAUUGGAACAGGGCGAGGGCAUCUGCGGAGAAGAGGGUGUGUGUAGCAGGGAAGUAACGUAUCUGCACAAUGUGCCUCCAGAACGAGUUCAGAAUUAUGUCAUUCACCGCGAAGUUAAAGAAAGUUAGGUUUGUGACUCGUGAGCGAGGGCAGGACAGAGUUGGGGUUUUGUUCUCUAGCUCCCUGCCUCGGUUUUCUAAGGCGAGCCCAAGUGGUUGUCGCUCGGGUUGGGACGUUUGCGCCUCAGUUUCUUUUUUCUACUCCUCAACCUCCCAAGAGUCUGUAGAGAUAGACGCGUCUGACAUUCAUAGAUGUCGCAGCACCUUGCGGGGAACCAGGCGGCCCAGCCCCGGUUACCUUAGCAUUUCAUCAGCCAUUAGAAAAGACCCACAAACUCUAGCCAAGAAAGUUCCCAGAGUCUACACUUGGCUUCCCACCCCUCCCGCUGAUCACAACCCUUUAGCCCAAAGUGAUAGGGAAGAAGGGCAAGACAAAGUGACGCCUUUUUCUGAGCAGAAACACGAGAUGUGGCCAAACAGUCAUUCCAAGUGACUGCAGCAGGUUGUGUCAGCUUAUUAAUUUGCCUUUAUUGAACCGAAAUACUUUCCAGGAUUUCAGAAAGUGCAGUUUCAGUUUGUUGACGCUGAGAAUGGAAAUCUGCAUUCAUGGUGGCAGUGUGAAUUGUUUUCCUGGGAGGUAGUUGCAGAUAAGUUGCUAAGUAAGAGUGAAAUAAUAAGGUGAACCACGCUGAAGUAAUAGCUCUUAAUAAGUCUGCCAACAUUUUGGAGAUGUCUACCAUUACCUCCGCGGGGGGAGGGAAAAAAAACCAUGCUGUAAUAUGUUGAAGUGGGACUGGAGAUGUCAAAUGGGUAGGUUUAAAAAUAUCCCUAAGCUGCCUUUGAAAGUAGACGUUGGAGUUGAAUAAAAGUGAAUGUGGGUUUCCUGAAUAGCGCCGAGCUUGAGUGUGCUGUCAUAUGUAAGCCAGGCCACCAACUCGAGGCAGAAGUGUUGCGAUUCCAUAAAUACAGUAGGACUCCAUAUGCUGAGUUUUUCCAUUUCUUCUGUUAGAAAGUUUGGGGGGGAAAAAGGAAGACUUUGAAGUAUUUUGUUUAUACUAACAGAGGAGAAAAGUUCUCCUAAGAAAAAGCUGGUGGCAGGAGUGUAGAGGAGUAGCAUAUGGCAUUAAAGGAGCACAGCUGGAGGUAGCAUUUCCAUCUGAACAUGAUGUCAGAGCAGCUGACAGCCUGCCAUCCCUCAGCCUUUUAUUCUAACACACAGACAGGGAGUUAGUGUGUGCGGAUCUGUGGUGGAGAAGGUAUCUCAUUCCUCUCCAACAUCAUCUCCACUUUGCAUCUGUCUCUUAGUCUGCUUUUUUUCCACCGAUGUAACAGACCUGGAGCCAGCAAGACUCCGAGGGAAGGACUUAAUCAAGUUUAUGUGUCCUAAAGGUUAUGAAGACAGCAUGGAGUUUCCAGACCACAGCAGACAUUUGCUGCAGUGUCUGAGCGAGCAGAGACACCAGGGCUUUCUUUGUGACUGCACUGUUCUGGUGGGAGAUGCCCAGUUCCGGGCGCACCGAGCUGUGCUGGCUUCAUGCAGCAUGUAUUUCCACCUCUUUUACAAGGACCAGCUGGACAAAAGAGACAUUGUUCAUCUGAACAGCGACAUUGUGACAGCCCCCGCUUUCGCUCUCCUGCUUGAAUUCAUGUAUGAAGGGAAACUCCAGUUCAAAGACUUGCCCAUUGAGGACGUGCUAGCAGCUGCCAGUUACCUCCACAUGUAUGACAUUGUCAAAGUCUGCAAAAAGAAGCUGAAAGAGAAAGCUACCACCGAGGCAGACAGCACCAAAAAAGAAGAAGACGCUUCAAGUUGUUCCGACAAAGUCGAGAGCCUCUCAGACGGCAGCAGCCACAUGGCAGGUGACCUGCCCAGUGAUGAAGAUGAAGGCGAAGAUGAGAAAUUGAACAUUCUCCCCAGCAAAAGGGACUUGGCAGCUGAGCCUGGGAACAUGUGGAUGCGAUUGCCCUCAGACUCAGCAGGCAUCCCCCAGGCUGGCGGAGAGGCCGAGCCACACGCCACAGCAGCUGGAAAAACAGUAGCCAGCCCCUGCAGCUCAACAGAGUCUUUGUCCCAGAGGUCUGUCACCUCCGUGAGGGAUUCGGCAGAUGUUGACUGUGUGCUGGACCUGUCUGUCAAGUCCAGCCUUUCGGGAGUUGAAAAUCUGAACAGCUCUUAUUUCUCUUCACAGGACGUGCUGAGAAGCAGCCUGGUGCAGGUGAAGGUGGAGAAAGAGGCGUCCUGUGAUGAGAGUGAUGUUGGCACUAAUGAUUAUGACAUGGAACAUAGCACUGUGAAAGAGAGUGUGAGCACUAACAACAGGGUACAGUAUGAGCCGGCCCACCUGGCUCCUCUGAGGGAGGACUCGGUCUUGAGGGAGCUGGAUCGGGAGGACAAAGCCAGCGAUGAUGAGAUGAUGACCCCAGAGAGCGAUCGGGUCCAGGUGGAAGGGGGCAUGGAGAGCAGUCUGCUUCCCUAUGUCUCCAAUAUCCUGAGCCCUGCAGGCCAGAUCUUCAUGUGCCCCCUGUGCAACAAAGUCUUCCCCAGCCCCCACAUCCUGCAGAUCCACCUGAGCACGCACUUCCGAGAGCAGGAUGGCAUCCGCAGCAAGCCUGCCGCCGAUGUCAAUGUGCCCACGUGCUCCCUGUGUGGGAAGACUUUCUCCUGCAUGUACACCCUCAAGCGCCACGAGAGGACUCACUCGGGGGAGAAGCCCUACACGUGCACCCAGUGCGGCAAGAGUUUCCAGUACUCACACAACCUGAGCCGCCACGCCGUGGUACACACCCGUGAGAAGCCCCACGCCUGCAAGUGGUGCGAGCGCAGGUUCACGCAGUCGGGAGACCUGUACAGACACAUCCGCAAGUUCCACUGUGAGUUGGUGAACUCCUUGUCGGUCAAAAGCGAAGCACUGAGCUUGCCCACUGUCAGAGACUGGACCUUAGAAGAUAGCUCUCAAGAACUUUGGAAAUAAUUUUAUAUAUAUAUAUAAAUAAUAUAUAUAUAUACAUAUAUAUACAUAGAUCUCUAUAUAGUUGUGGUACGGUCUAAAAGCAGUCUUGUUUCCUGGAACUGAAAAGUUGGGAUCUUACCUUGUUUUUGCACUUUAGAAUAAUAGCAUGAGAAUCUCACUAAUUUAGCAUUCUGAUAAAAGAAACUUUAGAGCAAGUCAGAAGUAGAGAGGUGUCUUUCCUUUGAAGGGUAGGCCAAGUUAGCCAAUAAAUCCUUCUCAGCAAAUGGUUCUGUCACCCAAUGCUUUCAUAUGGCUUCAUUUUGUAAACACUGCAUUGUCUCGAGCGCUUUUCUUGUGCCCCACUGUUUUGUUUUGUUUUGUUUUCAAAGUAGAAAUUCCCUCCAGUUUAUUAGCCUCUUUAUAUGUCUCAAAUUGCAUGAAUAUUUUCUGGCUGUUGGAAACCUGAAUGCUUUUAGACCCAAAUGGAAAAUUUCUGAAAUGCUGGAUUAUCUAUUUUUAAACAAGCAGUUGACUUAAAACUUUCUGUGGCAACUUCUGGUUUUCUGACAGUUCCCAGUGAGAGAAAUUGUGACAGUACACUGGGUCACUGGGACUGUCUCUGUGAAGGUUUGCUUGAGAUGAAAAAGGGUAUUGCAGCUUCAGCAGUGUUGAACUGUGUGUUUAAAAUGUGAAUUACUGUUCUUGUAUACUGUAAUUGAUUACACGGGCUGGGGGGGGUGUCAAAGAACUUGACAGGUUGUGUUGAUGCUCUUAGUUGAGUCUUGAAAAGUAAAUAUUAACGCUACAGAAAUGCAUGAGUUUCAAUAUAUUUUUUGUCUUUGUUUGCAUUGUAUAACUUUAACGAGUGAGUUUAAAAUUAUUUAAUUUCCUUAGAAAAAUAGCACCAUUUGGGAAAAAAAACUGGUGUUACGAAGAGCGUAAAUGCACUGUUUUUAUUUUUAUUUUAUAUAAUUUAAAUUGACUUUACCCACUGUCUUUAAGUUGAAACUGUUAAGCUGAAUAAAAACUUAAGCUGCAAAUUGAUAACUUCGCUACAUUACAAGGAACAUAUAAAUGUUUACAAACGGCUUAAAGAUUUGCAUGUGCAGUGUGCAUUUAUAACACACUUGUAAUUGCACAGAACCCAUGCCAGCUCAGAGUUAAGGUGUGUACACAUGUACCCAGCUGAGCAUUUUUAGAAUAACUACUGCACAAAUUGACAAUAGGUCAUAGGUCAUUCUCUCUCUCUCUCUCCUUUUUGCUUCCCUUUUCUUUUUCUCCCCUAUUUCCUUUCCUUCCCCCUGCCCCCUAACUCAUGAAAAGAUUCUAUGGACUGAAAAAGCCCCAGGCUGAAAGGACUGAACUGCCUUGAUUGACGUGGGGAAGGGGUUAGUAGACUAUGUGUAUCGCAGCAGAGGCUGCAGCCCAGCGUGUGGUUUUAAUGGCCAGCACGCAGGGGAGAAGCAUUUUGCACAGUGUUUGUUUUCCUGUCUUGCACUUACAAAUAAGGUCUAUGGGAGUAGCAUGGAAAAUGUUUGUUGUUUUUCCCUUUUUCUUUUUUAAUUGCUUUUGUUUAAAAUUUGAUCGCCUUAACUACUGUAAACAUAGCCUAUUUUUGUGCUUAAGAUACUGAAUGGAAAACUCCAUUGUGUGUUGCUGGACUGUUUUGGAAAUAUUUGGUCAAAUGUAUGUUAAUUUGGCUGUAAUGGCAUUUAAAGCAAACAAACAAAAAAAGCUGUGAAAAUGGCCUUGGAGCAUUAUCUUUAGUUACUUGAAGAGUUUCUAGUUUUUUUUUGUUUUUUUAAUACAGUUUAUGUUUAAAUAAUCUUUAUUAAUUUAGAGAAGACAAUCAAUGUCUGUGAGAGAACGGACUUUUUUUGGAUUUUUUUUGUGGUCAUUGUGAGUGAUUGCUUUUUCUUUUUCUUAGUUUCACAUUCUUCCUUUGUUCUAAAUCUUAGACUGACAUCUAGCUUUGACAAUCAUAGUAUGUUUUAUUUCCUGAGGGGGAAUAACUUAUAAUGCUGUUUAGUUUUGUACUAUUGGUGUGUUGGUGAAUUUUUAAACUGUGUGCUAACUGCAAUAAAUUAUAUGAACUGAGAA